CGGGGGAAGGGGCAAGUUGUUUUACAGCAGCAGUGUUGGUGUACUGACGUACAGAAGAAAAAACCGACAGGAACAACAAAAUACAUAUUUGCAUGGAAGUCAAGUGUUAAAUAAUGAUAUGGUUACGGGUAUGAAUGAUUUAAAUCGUUCAAAAAUAAUCUUUUAAAACAUUGGAAUAACCUAAUUACCAAAUUCAGAGUUGACCGACUUCUCUAUACCUUUAUCCAAACUGUUAAUCUAACGGAGGACCGAUACAGCACCACAUUAGAGACAAAGACAGAAACUUCGGUAGACUACAGUGUGUAUCCUGGGGCCGCCAUGUUUGAGCGGCGGCGGUGGAGGACGGGGUGGAUUUUCGCGCCACUGGGGCCGCGCGGCAUUGUGGGAUAGCGGUCCUGGAGCCGGAGGGACGGAGCGGGGGGCUGCGCUGAGGUAAACAGGCUGCGCUUUCGGCGAAUAGACCCGGCGGCGGAGAAAUGCCCGAAGUCGGCACGGAGGCCGGGUCCGAGCCCCGGAAAGUGGACGAGGGCCACGUCCGGCGGACCCUGGAGGCGCUGUGCCAGGAGCUGAACAUGGACGAGCAGACGGGCAAGGAAGCCCUCCAGAGUUUCACGGCCAUCUGGGACACAUACACCCUGGAGGGUGAAGUGGCACACUGGCUCGCCUGCUCUCUCUACGCCGCCUGCAGGAAGGGCUGGACCCCCACAGUGGGCAAGGGGGUCAUGGAAGGCAACUGUGUCUCCCUGACCAGGAUCCUGAGGUCCUCCAAGCUCAGCUUAAUACAGUUCUUCAGUAAGAUGAAGAAGUGGGCGGACAUGUCCAGUUUGUCCCGGGAGUUCCGGGAGAGGAUAGCACGCCUGGAGAGAAACUUCGAGGUCUCGACCGUGAUCUUCAAGAAGUUCGAGCCAAUAUUUGUGGACAUGUUUCAGGAUCCUCAGGGGGAGCCGCCUCGGCCGGCCCGAAGCAGGAAGCACAGGCGCCUUCCCUGCCACGUCAGUGACGUUUUUAAGUUUUGCUGGACGCUCUUUGUGUACACAAAAGGGAAUUUCCGCAUGAUCGGGGACGACCUGGUGAAUUCGUACCACCUCCUGCUCUGUUGCCUGGACUUGGUGUUUGGGAAUGCACUGCUGUGCCCAAACAGGAAGGAUCUGAUCAACCCUCUCUUUAAAGGUUUGCCCAAAGACUACCACAGCCCCGAUUAUAGUGCCCCUGAGGAGCCCCUCUGUGUCAUCGACAAGCUUUGUGAGCUCCACGAUGGACUGGUGGUGGAGGCUAAGGGAAUCAAAGAGCAUUACUUCAAGCCUUACAUUAAUAAACUCUUUGAGAGACAGAUCUUGAGAGGAAACCAAGUGACCCUGACUGAACUGCUUGACACUACCAACUUCAUUGACAAUAACAAGGCAGUCAACAGGGAGUAUGAGGAGUAUGUGCUGACAGUGGGGGAUUUCGACGAGAGGGUCUUCCUGGGGGCGGACGCCGAUGAGGAGAUCGGGACGCCCCGCAAGGUGUCUGUGGAGCCCCCUGAGGGCCGGCUGUCCGCUCGUAUGCAGGUGGAGUGCAACCUUCAGCAGCAUUUCGACAAGGCACGGUCCUUUGCACCCUCCACACCCCUGACCGGCCGGCGAUACCUGAAGGAGAAAGAGGCCAUCGUGACCCCCGUUUCCUCAGCAACGCAGAGCGUCAGUCGCUUGCAGGGCAUGGUGACGGGGCUCAGGAACGCCCCCAGCGAGCAGCUGCUGCAGAUCUUCCGGUCUUGCUCCCGAGACCCCACAGAAACAAUUUUAAACCGGGUGAAGACUCUGGGAGAGUUGUUCCGUCAGCACUACACUCGAGUCACUGAGGAUCAUGCUGCAUCUCACAUGGAUUUUGCAGAUAACCGAUUAAAACUUGCUGAAAUUCUCUAUUAUAAAAUACUGGAAAACGUCAUGGUUCUGGAAACACGAAGGCUGCAUGGCAAAGACAUGGCUGUGCUGCUGGAGCAGGAUAUCUUCCACCGCUCCCUGAUGGCCUGCUGCCUGGAGGUGGUGCUGUUUGCUUACAGCUCUCAGCGGACCUUCCCCUGGAUCAUCGACAUCCUCAAUCUGCGGCCUUUCUACUUCUACAAGGUGAUAGAAGUGUUUAUCCGGUCAGAAGAAGGACUCUCCAGGGAUAUGGUCAAGCACCUGAACAAUAUUGAGGAGCAGAUCUUGGAGUGCCGUGCUUGGAGCAGCGGCUCGGCGCUGUGGGAGGCGCUGGAGGCAGCCCACAGCAAGGUUCCCACAGUGGAGGAGGUAACCUUUCCCAGCAAUUUUGAGACCGGCAGUGGCAGCAGUGGACCCGCCCACCUGCCCUUGGUCGCGCUGUCGCCCAUCGUUCACCCGCGGCUGAGGGAGGUGAGAACAGGCCUGGGCGGGAGCGCGCGCAAAGAUGUCCCCCCUUCCCCAAUCUCUCUGCACGACCGCUACAGUUCCCCCACUGCCGGCAGUGCCAAGAGACGUCUGUUCGGGGACGAUAAUCUGCCUGAGUCGCCACUCAAGAAGAUCUCCAUCUCUCAUGGGGGAGGGCUGAAGAUCGUCUCCACCCCCUCCACCCCUCGAGAUGCCACGCCUCUGUCUCCCGCCCGCACCCUGUUAACCAUGGCGGCCGCGAUGGUCACCACCACCAGCGGGCAGCAGCUCACCAUACCUGUGCAAGGUGUGGCAAAUGAGGUGGGUGGAAUCACGUUUAUACAGGUGCAGCCCGGAGAAAGCAGCCCCCUCACAGCUCAGGCUCUGCUCCCUGCCUCCCCCAGCCGCUCUGGGCCGGGCCUGUCCGCACCAGAACCCCAGAACAACGCUGGCAAACCCCGGAGGACUGGCUCCCUGGCGCUGUUCUUUAGGAAGGUGUACCACCUGGCCAGUGUGCGGUUACGUGACCUCUGCCUGAAACUGGACAUUUCUGCAGAGCUGCGGAGGAAGAUCUGGACGUGUUUUGAGUGCUCACUGGUGCACUGCAGUGACCUGAUGAAGGACAGGCACUUAGACCAGCUUCUGCUCUGUGCUGUUUAUAUUGUCUCGAAGGUAACCAAAGAAGAGCACACCUUUCAGGAUAUCAUGAAGUGCUACCGCAGCCAACCCCAAGCCAGCAGUCAUGUAUACAGAAGCGUCCUUCUCAAGGAGCGGCCUAGAGCGAUGUCGCCAGACAGGCACAGCAUGGACAGCGAUAUUCCCAGCAUGGCCCGUGAUGCGGCAGCCACUGCAGGGGACAGCGAUUCCAGGGCAGGCCCGGCAGAGGACAGAGGCGACCUCAUCCAGUUCUACAAUACCGUCUACGUGCUGAGAAUGAAAGAGUUUGCCCAGAAAUACGCAAGAUCAAGCCUUGACCACAGGGGAGAGGCCCCGCCCUUGUCUCCAUUCCCGUCGGUGAGAGCACAGCCCCUGUCUCCUCGUCGCGUCUCCCAGAGGCACUCGGUGUACGUCUCCCCUCACAAGAAUGGCUCCUGCAUCACCCCUUCCUCCGCCAUCACGUACAGGUUCAGUGGCAGCCCCUCCAAGAACCUGAGAGACAUCAACAGCAUGAUCAAGCAGGGUGAGAGGAUGAGCCGGAAGAGGGCCUUCACCAUGGACAGCGACUCGGAGUCCCCCGCCAAGAGGCUGUGCCAGGAGAACGAAGAUGUCCUGUUGAAGCGCCUGCAGGACGUGGUCAGCGAGAGGGCCAACCGCUGACCCCUGCCAGCGCCUCACUCCACACACCAGGAACCCAUCCUCUUGGCACUUCCACAGUGCGAGGUUCUUCUUAUUCGCUCGGAGACAUCCCAGCUCCAAUCCAGUCCUGUUUGUGAUGCAGGGAACUCUCUGUUCGCCAUCACAGCCUGCAGUCUGCAGCUUUAUUAACAGACAAGGCUUGGCACAGACUUUUUCUUGGGAAAUAUCCUUGGGAAGACUUACACUAGGUGAAAAUAGUUAUCCUGCUUGUGUACCACUUCUCUGAAUAUGAGUUGAAAGUCACUAUAUUCUCUCUGCUUACGACAGAGAUUCCAGAUAAAAUGUCCAGUCUCACCUGAGCCAAGAAAGAUGAGUGUUGAUCUGUCUUAUCUGUGCUGGAUGUCUUAGCUGGAAUGGAGAGCUACUCCAGGGCUGUGAGAGCCAUAUGGAACAGAAAGCUCCCAAGACCAAGAAAAACUCAGUCUGCAUUAGGUAGUUGCCAAAUUAUCACCUUUCCUAUGCUGAUAAUAACGUGGCAACAUUUUAUACUAAGAUGUGUAGCAUCUACACUUCUUUAUCAAUUGUAUUUUUUAAACAGAUGGUUCAUUUUCUCUAUGCUUUAGACGUGCUCAACUCCUCCAAUCUAUUUUCUUCUACGUUUUUAGCGUUUCUAUAUAUGUAUUCUUUUUAUGUGUUUUAAGGUGGCUUUCUAAUAAUGUCAGUUUUGUGAACUACAUUCAGUGUAUAAUUACUGAAGCUUGGUUGUGUGUAAUAUUUUCUUCUGGCUGAUUUUAAGUGAUGCUGUAAUACUUGACCAACAGAAAUCAGUGCCUUGAUGUUUUAUUUUCAAUUUGAAGGGCUGACUGUUUUUAACAGAAGAACCUAUUACUGAAAAAGCUGCUACAACUAAUAGUUAAAAGGGCAUAACUUACAAUUUUGACCAAUUCUGGUUAUAUAAAAAAGGCUAUUCAGCAAUUGAAAAGGACUGUCAUCCUCUGAAGUAGGAUUACUUUUGUCUCAAAAGCAAAACAUUUUUAAUUGUCCAUAAUUCCUGACUAAUUUAACAUUUCAUGUUGCAUAAAUUACAAACACAACGUGCUUUGAUAAAAAGGAAAUUAUUGCACAUAACCUAAAUGGCAUGCUUUGUUACCUUCAAGAGCACAAUGUGUAGACUCUCCAGUGAAACAGCUAUCGAGCAUGAACUUGGAGGCAUCAAGUGUGUAUCCUAGCAACAGCCUGACAGUUUAUCUGCUGCACCAGCACUGAUGACACCCCUUUGCACACUGAAGUUUUAAUAAAAGCUGUGUUGAGCUUUCUCCUGGAAACCAGAGACGCUUUCUGAAUUCGAUAACCUCGAUUCAGCAACGUGUAAUCAAAGCUCAGGAGAUCUGACGACUGAUGACCAGUAUCUUGCAUCAGUUAAUUAACUAAUUGCCGCAGUGCUCCAUCUUGCUGGACCAGCUUGUGAGCAAGGCUUGGUGACGUAGCUCAUCCAGCAUCCAAGACGGUGUUGAGCCUGUUGGCCAGUUUGCACAAAUGCAAAAAAAAAAAGCUCUGAGCCCUGCUCAAACUGCGUUUUUGUUUGGAAAAUCCCACAAGCUUGUGAAUAUCCUCUAACCAGUUCAUUCAUUGUGUUCUUUGGGCUUUUGAUGUUUCAGCCGAAUGUGAGCCGAGUGAAAGCUCAGUGGCUGAAAGAUUGAAGUUCUGAAGAAGGUUAGUAGAUGUUUGGUUGAGCCCCCAUCGGACAGAGUGGUGCAACCGAUGGUUUGUUAUAUGGCAGUGCUGCUUGGUUUUUUCCAGUGUGACAGUGUUAGAGUUAACUGUUUCUUUAAGUGGCACCUGACUAGUGACAAAUCUUGACACUAUUCAAAUUUCAAAUGCCCCAGGAGGAAAAAACAUGUACAGUUUAUCAGUGCCUUGAAAUGUACAUAUGAAAAUAAACUAAGAGUUUUUUAUAUUUUAA